AUGGUCGAGGUAGAUCCUUCAGGCGCCGGCGAUGGGUCGGGAAAGAAAUGCUUGACGCAUUCCUAUUCAGUUGUGGACGAAGAUCACUUGGCCGAAAAGCGGGUGGAAUCCUUGACCAAGAUAUUGACGGAACAGUACGGUGUACCCGAUGAACGUCUGGUCAAGGCACUUUGUGCUCUGGGAGAAGCCACGGCACACAUUGCCGUCUUGCUCAUGAACUAUGUGGAACAUACGUAUGCUGGCACGCAAAACAAUUCCGGAGACGACCAGCUUCACUUGGAUAUCGAUUGCGAUAAUGCCGUCUUUGCAGCCCUUCGAAAUUCCGGUGUUUUUUCCAUUGCCGCGUCCGAAGAAACUCCCGUCGAAACGGAUGUGGGAUCCGAGGGGUCCUUUUCACUCGGCUUUGAUCCUUUGGAUGGAUCCUCCAUUAUCGACGCCAACUUUUCCGUGGGAAGCAUCUACGGGAUUUGGCCCGGUAAGGGCGUCUUGAAUCGAACGGGACGGGAACAGGUGGCGGCGGCCGUGGCGUUAUACGGACCCCGCACGACCCUCUGUGUGGCACUGCCGUCGGCAUCCAAUGGCAAGGGCAAGGAUCACGUUCUGGAAGUUACAUUGGUCCGAAACCGAAUCGCCUGGGAACUCAGUCGCGAUGAUAUUGUCAUUCAACCGGACGGAAAAGUCUUUGCGCCCGGCAAUCUACGAGCUACCAACGACAAUCCACAAUACGAUGCCUUGGUCAAACAUUGGAUCAGUAACCGGUACACGCUGCGCUAUUCGGGUGGUAUGGUUCCCGAUGUGUACCAUAUCUUUGCCAAGUCCAAAGGAGUCUUUUCCAAUGUGUCUUCCGAAAAGGCAAAGGCCAAAUUGCGACUCUUGUACGAGGUGGCACCCAUUGGGCUCAUGGUGGAAUGCGCACAAGGUGUCACCACGCACGAAUUUGACGAUACAUCCGUGCUGGAUAUUACCAUUGGAGAUCUGGAUCAGCGGCUGGGGGUCUGCUUUGGCAGUGCCAAUGAAGUAGCAAUCUACAAAAAGUUCAUGUUCACCAGCUAG